GAUACGUUCCGAAAGUUGCAAAAAAACGGUUACAAACUUUAUGUCCGCGACCGUACGACAAGCGUUGCAGGGUCCUGUGUGCAACCGGCCUUAAUAUCACUAGACAUUCUGUUGCGUUCAUUUUCGUUUCCGUCUCCGUGCGUCUCUGACAGAUAGUAGUGAAUAAUUCAUAAAAAUGGCGAAGUCGAAAAAUCAUACAAAUCAUAACCAGAAUCGUAAGGCUCAUCGUAAUGGAAUCAAAAAGCCCAAAAGAUAUAGGCAUGAAUCUACACUUGGUAUGGACUUGAAGUUUUUGAGAAAUCAACGUUUUGCUAAGAAGCAUAACCUUAAACCAAAAGCUCAAAAGAAGAGGGCAGAAAUGCGAAAGGCUUUACGUGAAGCAAAGAAUAAAUAAAUGUGUUGUAUAAACUAAUGAUUUUAUUAAAAUAAUUUAAAAAACA